CGUGGACUGGUCAGUAGUGUGCAUUAGUACCUAAUUAUAUAUAGAAUAGGUUCUAAUGAAUUGCUCCUUGUGUAAACGGCUUAAUUAUAAUAUAUUAUCACGAAUUAUUUUAUGACUGAUACAUUUAAAUUUGUUUAUUUUUUGUCAAUUUAAACUCCGUUCUUAAAAAAUUACAACAACUUUUCGAGUCUUCCCAACACCGAGUUCAUUUAUAAAUGGUGUUGGAAAUUCUCAACGCACGUCUCCUUUGUAUCCAUUUUCUUACCCGUUCUCGUAAUGUUUUUGUUUUAAAACAAUUCGUUCGCCAAAAACUCUAAUAACCGGAAUGGUUAUAUCUGCCACUUUACUAUAACGGGUAAUAGAUGUUUAAUAUUUAAGUAAGUACAAUACAACUUAAAAAUUAUUACAUAAAUUAUGACAUAAUGAAAAUAUAUCCUUAGCCUAUAACCUUGGCCGUGUUCUAAUAUUAUUUCCCACUUAACUCUUCAACAGUUAACUCGCAGUUAUUAAUACGCACGCAUAAUGGUUUGGAGCUUGAUGUUUUAGAUUGUGAGCGGAGCGAAGAAGCUUAUGGAUUUACUAGGAUAUUUAUUUUUUUUUCUGUGGACGAUAUCGCUACCAGAGAUCUUGCUCCGAUUUUUAAGCGUAGCACCUUUUUGAAAGGAUAUUGGUGUGGGGAGGCACUUUAGGGAGGUAAUUUUUCUCAAGAAUUCUGCCAUCAAAUGCGAAAAACCGAAAAAAAACGGGAAAAUGUACGAAAUAUGGGUACCUAUUAGUAGACAAAUAUUACGGUCUUCUUUAUUCCCGUGAACAACUUGUCUACAAGUAAUUAUGCUCCCAUUUUUACAAUCUAAGCACUUUUUCUGGAAGGAAAUCUAACUGGGAAGGUAAUUUUUUGAUAUAAACGGCACGCCGAAGGUAUUUGGAGCAACGUUUCCAGUUGAAAAGCCGACGAAAACCGAAAUUAUUAUUGAUUUUUCUAUUAAUUUCAUUUAUUUGUUCCAAUUGUUAAAUUAUUUACCUUCGUGGGGGAAAAAAAAAAACGUCUGGAAUACCCCUCGAAUGCGGCACCGGGGGCGGCGACAACGCCGUCGUUUUACGUAACGAACGAAACGAAUAAUAAAUCGAUGCGCCGUUUUCUCGCCCCCCUCCCCCACCCCGCGCUGCGUGAUACGUGAACAGAAACGGCACGGUGGACGUGAGAAUUAAUCGUCUCCGUCCGUUCAUUACCAUACGCCAAACGACGACGACGACGACGGCGACGGCGACGCCGCGAACGAAAACACAAACAAAUUACGAUUGUACGAAAGGCGCGUGACGCCAUCCGGCGGCGGCGGCGGCGGCCCCGGAGAGCCGUCGGGCGGCGCGCGUUAACGCAUUACCGUCGGCCGCCGGGGCGGAUAGAGGACGUCACCGCGGGCGCGCGCGGCGGCCGCCUCCGUGAAAACACUCCGGACGGGUGACGCUCGCGCGCCGCUGCGGCGCGACGGCCGGCGCGGGGGGAGUGGGGAGUCGGAGCAGUAGGGUAUAUUAAAAUAACACUGUUAAGCGGUCCGUUUGUGGGCGGAGACCGGCUCGCCGCGCCGUCGAUAAUAGCGAAACGACAAAAACGCACGCACACACACACAUACACGCGAUACCCGCGCGCGCGGUCUGAUAACAGCGGCGAGACACUAUCUCGGCGUAGACUCCGCCGCCGUCGCGGCAGUCGUUUUGUUUUGUCGCCGUCGUUCGGAACGUCCACGUUGACGCAACACUAUCGUCGUCGUCGCCGUCGCCGUCCGAACGAACGCACCGGGACCAGGAAACGGACCCGCUGUGGGCGCGAACCGCAAUACCGCUGUUGUCGUUGUCGUCGUUGUUCAGUCGUCGCCUCGUAACGCAGAACCCGCCGUCGUGGACGGACACUCCGGCCGGCAGGCGACAGUCGCAACCGCGGGCGCGCGUACCAAGAUGCGUGGCCGCUGAGAGACGAGCGACGCGCGCACCCGACGCUCGGGCGAUGUUGGCGGUGAGUACGCUGCGCGGCUGUACGCGGUUUUCGGUUACCGUUUGUUCGGCCCCGUCGCGGCCGGUGCGCGGUAUGAACGUAGUUCGAAGUGCGGCCCAGACAAUGACCGCGGCCUAAUCGUGAACGCCGUCGCCGGUGUCGCAACGCCGCCGCCUCAAGCCGCGUCGCGCCCGCAUUUCGUACGGCAAUAAUAAUAAUAAUAAUAACAACAACAACAAUAAUAAUAAUAAUAUUAUGUACGUAGGCGACGACCGACGGCCGGACGCGCACGGAGCAGUGUCGUCGCGUAGUGGGCCCCAUUGAUCGUUGUUGUAGUCCGUCUACGCCGCCGUCGUCUUCGCCUUGUAUUGUUUUUUUUUUUUUCCGUUCGCAUGAAUCAUCGUUGUUACUAUCAUUAUCAUUAUUAUUGUUAUUAUUACACCACGUAUUUCCCUUCUAUCUCCUCGUCUGGCCCGCGUCGUCGACCGUAGCCUUUUGACCUCGACGCUUUCAAACAACAGACGCCGCGCACACGCGCACGUAAUAUACACGCACACGCACCCGCGCACGUAAUAUCGCGCGCGUAAGUACUUGCUCACGUACGUACAACCGACGCGCCUACGUUCGGUGUUGCGCACCGAGAUAAACGGUCGUCUUUCCAACGACCGGCGGCGGCGGCGGCGGCGGCGGCCCAUAGGUACGAUGUGCAAAUGACGACGACGUUUCGCCACCCGCGUCCACAUUGGCGUCGACAGAGCGCUCUCAUCACGACCGUCCGUCCGUCCGUUGUGUUGCGUGUCGUCCGGAUUGACAAUAACGGUAUUAUUAUGACGUCCGAGUCGGCCAACAAGGGCUUAUGCGACAAAUCGAUAACGCUCCGUAAAAACCGCAAAACCGUAUUUAAUAAAACAGGUGAACACUAUCAAUCAAUCAGUCCCUCUCUCUCACCCUCCGCUUGUCCUUUUUCGCUUCUCUCGUGCGCCCGGCGCACGUCCGUGUGUGUUUGUCUCUGUGAUUGUUAUUCCCGGUUGUCUCUAACUUUAUUUGUGUGUGUGUGUGUGCGUGCUACUUAGGCAUGAUUUCGGCGUAUUUUACAAAUAGGAUUGUACGCGGCAUACGUACUCCGACGUGUACCGUACGCCCGUAACACUAACGCACUACAUUUUGUCCGAUGUAUGCCCGUACGCAUAGAAUUCCAGUGGCCAACAGGCACUAAACUACUCCGGGUGCUACGCCGUUGAACUGUGGACACAGUGAGUAACGCGCUAGAGUUUCAAUGCUCGGUCGAGGUACCCGACUCUGGAGUUUUCUGUUAAUGUUAAUACUUGCUUGAUUAUGUAGAUACACACUCGAUACCUACCCGUCAUGUGAAUAUCGUUACUUGUUGUGUUGUUUAUUGUAUCUACUAUAGUAUAAGUCCCAAACGUUCCAAACGGGACGUUAACGGUCAAACGAUUUUGUUUGUUUACCUAACACUAACAUUUUUUUUUUUUUUUUUCUGAAAGCAUGAAAAUGUUUAUAGAAUAACCUAUUAUUUCUAACCCGUUUGAAAAUGUUUUAUAGGUAUAUAAACGCCUACAAAUUUUAUGAACAUUUUUUUUUAAAAUUCUGUUUACUAAAGCAUUUUAAAUUUGUGUAUAGCAUUGAGGAUGGUAGCUGCAGAGAUGACAAGUAAUCAAGAUAAAGACGCGUCCCAAGUACAAUAUGUAGAUAUAAGUCCGGAUUUUUUAACCACCGGGCGAACUGGCAGACGGAACGCGAUGCCAGAUAUACUGGGCGAACACAAACUGACGUCAACUGCUGACUUGCCUGCGCGGUUACAAGCGCUCACAACAAAUGGUAAAUAAUUGUAAACAUUUUCAAUUGUUUUUUUUAAUAUUAUGAUGAUAAUCAAAGCUGUAGCUGUGGGUCGGGUAAGACUAGCUCAGGCCAAGAGUGCAUCUUGGAAAAUACAAAAUGUAUACAUAACAGAAUUAUGAAAUUUUUAUGGAAACUAAUAGAGGUGGGUAAUGAGAGUGGGAAUAAUUUUUGUGUGACCAAAAAGGUGAAGGUCAGGGUCACUGAAAAGUCAUGUUAAGAAUCCGAUAAUAAUCUAGGCAAUGUAUCAAAUAUUAACAAUAUCUACAAUAAUAUUAUGUACGUUAUCCUCAAUGACCUAAUUUUAGCAUUUGCAUUGAUGAUUUUUUCAAAUAGCGUCAAUAAUAGUUCCAAAUACCUUUUUGACAAUGUCCUAUGUGAUUGUCAGACAGUGUCUGGUAAACAUUGACACUCGUAAAAUUUGCAACCUCAUAAGGUUGAAAAUCGUAUUUCGAAAAUAUAUAGUUAAUCUAAUGCCCCUGCAAGUUUAUUGUGUUAUUGACAAUAUUAUCAUGUGCAAUUUUUAAUUUAAAAAAAAUUCUGUUAUACCCAGGUCCAUAUUUAUAGAUUAUAGGUUAGGUUUAUAGAAUGAUAACUGUAAUUUAUGUGUUUUUUAUUUUUACGUAGAGGGGUCUGCAACGAGUAAUAAACAAUCGUCUACAACUAGCGGCGAUCAGGACAUGUCCAAGACACAGAACACGGCAUGUUAAAACGACUGAAACAUUUUUUUAAAAAAACCUAUGAUCUACUGCUACUGUAUGUUCCAAAGGUAAAAUUAAACAAAGUAAAUUUGCAUAGAUGUUAUUAACUCGAAACCAUUUUUGAGUUGAAGUGAAUAUUUUUAAACAACUCCUAGUCUCCCAACAACUAGACCAAAGCUAUAAGUACUUUAUUUAUUUUUCAUUUAUUUAAUUAGUUCCAUUUUUUUUUUUUUGUGAAAAAAUUGAAUUUGAAUUUUAGGAUUAAAAAAAAUAUAUAUAUAUAUAUUAAUUCCUUAGUCCUAGAGAACUAUAUGUUUUGUCCUAAAAAAUUAAACGUCCUAAAUUAUUUGUUAAAAUUGUUGUAAGUUGAAACAAAAAAAAAUAAUCGCUUUUAAGUACCUCUCGAGCAUCUAUAACACUAAGAAUAGAUUUUUAAUUGUUUAAAAAUGUGUAUUCUAAAAUAUGUAAUAUUCAUUACGUCAAACUGAACAGUUGAUAAAUAUUAUUACUACUUUCCCAUUAUGUUUAAUUGGUCUAUUAAGGCAAUAAUACCCAAAGUAAAAAUGACAAACACAUACAUAUUGGCAAGUAGAAGACAUAAAAGUAAAACGUUUUUGAAUAAUUACAAUAAAAAAACAAAAAAAGAAUUUAGAGUUGACAAAUAUAAUAAUUACACAUGGUCAGGUUGUGAUAUUUUUACUUAUUUUCCUAUUUGAUAUUUUAUUCGUGUAACCAUAAUAUUUUACUUAUUGUUGUUGUUCAUGAAUUACAAAUUAAAACUUACUAUAUAUAUUUUAUUAUUAUUAUUAUUAUUAAUUUUUUUCAACAACAUUUAAAUUCUAACAAAAAGCGUAUAAAAUUUUUUAGUAACAUUCAAUAUAACUUUGGUAUAAUAUGUUAAACAUUAUAAUAUCUAUAUAAAUUAGACGUGCAAUGUUCUUGUAUUUGUAUUAUAAUAUAAUGGAUACAUAUGAUAUUGUAAUAUCUGUAAAUUGUUUUAUUAAAAGAAAUAUAUAUAUGUAUAAAUAAAAUUAGAAUGUGUGGAGCAUAAAAAAUUAAUUAUAAUAUAUUUUAGAAGAAUGACUGAACAUAAUGAUUUUGAAGAUAUCCGUUCAAUAAUACUCGUAUAUUUGCAAACUUUUAAACAUUUAUUGUCGAUUAGUUCCUGAUUUUUGUUAAUUUUUACAUUUAAAUUUGAAAUACCUAAUGCAAAUUAUAUUUAUAUAAUAUUAUAUAGGUGAUUAUUUAUUUACUUGGAAUUAUAUUUGUUUUAAAAAAAAUUAUUUUGCGAUUUGUUUUUCUAUGACAAAUUCCAAUCAAUUUUGGUCCAAAAUGUAUGUGUCUUAUAGUAUAUUUUUAUACGGAAAAAAAAAUACUUAUACAUUUAAUGCUGUUUAUGAUAAAUUGAUAUUGAUUUAAUAAUUGUUUCACAAAUAUUAGAAUGCAUAAACAUCCCAUGUUUUUUUUUUUGUCAAACAUUCCAACAAUAUCCAUAAUUUGAGAGACACGAGUGUUUAAUUAACUGAACAUGUAAUAAUUAGUAUUAUUCGUACAAUGUUUUUUUUUUUUUUUUUUUUGUAAAACUAAUAAUUAUCUUUUGUACUUAAAAAUAACUGUAAUUCUAUAAAUAUGUAAUGAUGCAUACCAUUACCAGUUAUCUAUGUGUUGUUAGACUUUUAUUUGAACACAAAAGUUUAAUUAUAUUUUACGAUAACAAACAAAAUUGCCCUAAAACACUAACAUAUUGUAUUUGUUUUUUUGAGUUGUUCCUAUUGACUUUUUUAAUUGUAUUUAUUUAGUGUAAUGUUCUAAAAAAAAAAUAAUUGUUGUGAAAAAUUGUGUUUUUUUUUAACAAAUAAAUGUAUUCCGUGUAGACUAGGCUUUUUUUUUUUGUACAUUUUUAUAAAUUUAAUUAAGAUUUCAUCAUUAGCUAAAGUGAAUUUGUAAAGCGUAUUUAUGUUCAUUGAAAACUAUUAAUGUAGAAAAAGUAAUAAUUGUGUAAUAGCAAUGAUAAUAUUGUUUUAAACAAAAUUGAUGUUAUGGGUUUUUAAAUCUGAGUAUGACUUACUGUAUACUAUAAAAAAUAUAUUCUUCUUUAUAGUUGUAAUUAAAUGAAAAGAAAAAAAUAUUAAAUAGACCGGAUAUCACAUAUCGUGUUAGUUCAUCUGUAUUACUUUCGAAUUCAUAAGCGGGGGGGUAAAAUACUACCUGUUUUACCUAAAAAUUAUUAUUGUUAUUAUUUUUAACAAUUAUUUAGUACAUUGUGUUUUUUGCAUUUAAUGACAAAUCUCAGCUGUUUAAUUUAUCUCUUCUAAUUAAUAUUACUUUAAUUGUAAUUAAGUUUUCCAUUGUAAAUGUUAAAAAACCUAAUUCCUCUAGUCCUGAAUACUUUUUCUAAAUUCAACACAUUUCCCUUCCAAGCUAGUCAGACUAUUGGCUGUGUGUAACUGAAUACAGGUGAACAAUCUACAGGAAUACAGAAAAGUAAUUUUUCAUUCUAAGGACCACUUUAAUACAGUUAAUUGGAUACAAUUUUAACAAAAUAAAUUGUAACAGAUUAAUUAAAUAUUUUUAAGUGAUAUGAUACAAAACCAUUAAAACAAUACUUAAAGGUUAGGUUAUCAAUAAUCGGAUUUACGUAUUUUUAAACGGGUUAAAGAAACCGCAUUGAUAUAUUUUACUCACUUGACCCUAUGGUUUUUAGAAUAAAACAAAUAUAAGACUUUGUUAUAAUAUUAUGAACAUUUAUACUUAACCCAACAUCAUUUUACUUUAUAACCUGGAUUCAACUGUGUUCUAGUUAACCAGAAUUGCACUCUGAAUUGGUGUCUAUUGUUAGUUGUAGCCUUGUAGGUAUACAUAAUUAUUAUUGUAGUGAAAUCAUGAAUUUUGUUUACAUAUUUUAUUCUAUUGUAUGUUUAAGUGAAAUUUUUGUAUGGAAUUUUGAUUUUUGGUAGACAGUUUUACUAUAUUUGUACAAGGAAAACAAAAUCAAUAAAAUUUAAAUGUAUACAAGUUGA